AAGGGAAAAGAGUCCAGAUGUGACGGAUGGUUCAUGCCAGUCAACCCAAACACUCCAGAGGAUUGGACAGACAGCCAGUUUGGCUCAGACUGCCAAGCCUGAUGACCUGAGUUCAAUCCCCCAAACCACUUGGUGGAAGGAGGAAACUGACUCCUUCCAAGUUGUCCUCUGACUGCCACAUGUUGCCCCCAUACAUAAAUAAGUGAAUGUAAAUUUUUAAAAUAGUUUUUAAAUCAAAACAAACAGAAAAACCAAGCCUUAACAGUAGCUACUUGCUAGCCUGUGCAGGGCCUUGGGUCCAUCCCCGGCAUUGCAACACAAAGGAGAAAGGCACACCAGGACGCAAACUGUAAAAUAUGAUCAAGUUAGUUUAGUGAGAUAAUGUGUCAGGAUGGUAGUUCUUUAGCAAGGCAAUAUUCUGAGAAUGCAAGGUGCUCAGCAUUUGAAACCAGCCAAUGAGAUCCAGCACAAAUCCAACUAGGAAGCUUGGUUUGUCGUUGCGCCCCACCCCCACCCCGGCAGCCCCUGCCCCCCCACCCCUCGCGGGGGCCCUGUGCAAACGACCCCCAGUUGCCCGGUGCUGCCGGUUACAGGAGCGUCUCUCCGCUGCCUGGUCAUAUGUUGCAAAAACCAAGAAGCAGGAACCGCCCUGGUGCCCAGCCCAGGAGCGGCCGCCACUGUGGCCCAGGUGUCCCUGGGGAGGUCCCGAGUGGGCACGCACGCCCAGACACCUCGCAGGGUACCGCAGGCACCUUGUCAACGACCUUCCGCAGGGCCCAGGCCACCCCAGCCCCGGAAAUCCGGACUCAGAAGCAGCUGGAGUUGAAGGUGGCAGAGCUGGUGCAGUUCUUGCUGAUUAAGGACCAGAGGAAGAUCCCCAUCAAGCGGAAUGGUAUCCUGAAGCACAUCAUCCGAGACUACAAGGAUAUCUUCCCGGACCUGCUCAAGCUGGCUGCUGAGCAGCUCCACUACGUGUUUGGGUACAAGCUGGUAGAACUCGAACCCAAGAGCAACUCCUACAUCCUCGUCAACGCCCUGGAGCCGGUGGAGGAGGAUGCUGAGGUGAGAGGCAACCAGGGAACGCCCACCACCGGCCUCCUGAUGAUUAUUUUAGGGCUCAUCUUUAUGAAUGGCCACAGCAUCCCAGAAAACGAAGUCUGGGAUUUUCUACGUCGUUUGGGUGUGUAUCCCACCAAGAAGCAUUCAGUUUUCGGAGAUCCGAAGAAACUCAUUACUGAAGACUUCGUGAGACAGCGCUACCUGGUGUCCAGAAGGAUACCUCACACAGAUCCUGUGGACUGUGAGCUCCAGUGGGGUCCACGAGCAAAUCUGGAAAUCAGUAAGAUGAAAGUUCUUAAAUUUGUGGCCAAAGUCCACAAGCAAGAUCCCAAGGAAUGGCCCACACAGUACUGUGAGGCUUUGGUGGACGAACAGAGCAGGGUCAGACAGGAACCCAGUGGUCCAGCCCCGACUUCUUGAAAUAAAUGCUUGGGAUUCCCAAGCAUGAGCCAGAAGAAUAGGGAACAUGGGGUGGAAGGAGCAUAUUUCCACAACUAUUAAAAAGUAUUAUCUUUAAGAUGUGUUUCAGUUUAUUUUUUCUUUUAGAAUUGUGAUAUUCUAUGAUACUGUGCCUGUGCUGGGCGAUGGUGGCACACACCUUUAAUCCCAGCACUCGGGUGGCAGAGGCAGGCAGAUCUCCGAGUUCAAGGCCAGCCUGGUCUACAGAGUGAGUUCCAGGGCAGCUAGGGCUACACAGAGAAGCCCUCUCUCGAGAAAAAGAAAAAAAAGAAAUGUGUUGUUUUCCAUUUACAGAUAUUAUUGUAUGUGCAUGGUGCGUGUAAAUGCAUAUGUGUGCCAUGCACGUGUAGAGGUCACAGGACAAUUUAUGGAGGCCAGUGCUCACCUUCCACAGUGUGGGAUGUGGGAAUCUGAGCAGGCUUGGUGGCAAGCACCCAUACCCCUUGAGCCAGGUUACCUGCUGAUAUUUGGUUGGGUGUUUUGUCUUGAGACCCGGUUUCCUUGUGAAGCUCUGGUUGUCCUGGAACUCAUUCUAGACCAGGCUGGUCUCAAACUCAGAGAUCCGCCUGCCUCUGCCAAAGGAGUGCUGGGAUUAAAGGCCUGUGUUACACCCCCUGGCAGGGUUUUUUAUCUUUAGUUGUUAUUUUUAAACAGGGUCUCAUAUAACCCAGGUUGAUCUCAAACUCCUGAUCUUCCCCCUCUUGAAAGCUGCGGAGUCAGGCAUGGUGGUCACACACCUCUAAUCUCAGCACCCUGGAGGCAAUGGUGGGAAAAUUAACUAGGGUUGGAAGCUAGCCUGAGGUACAUAGUUUCAGGCCAGCCUGGGCUACAUAGCAAUACCCUGUCUCACAAAACUAAGUACUAAUAUUAAUAAACCAUUUUAUUUUAAGUAUUUUUAAAUUCUAUGUGUGUGGGUAUAUGCAUAUGAAAUCAGGUACCCUCAGAGGCCAGAAGAAGAUGUUGGGUCCCCUGCAGCUGGAGUUACAGAUAGUUGUUAGCUGCCUGACAUGGGUGUGUGAACCCCAGUUCUCAUUAUUUUUAAUUUUAUUUGAUGUGUAUGGGUGUUUUAUUACAUGUAUAUCUGUGCACAGUGUUCACAUCUGGUGCAGAAGACAUAGGAUUUCCUGGGACUGCUGUUACAGAUUAUUUUAAAAUGCCAUAUGGGUGCAGGGGAUUGAACUCCAGAGCAGUAGUAGUGCUCUUAACUGCUGAGUCAUCUCAUGAACCCCAAAAUAAAAAAAAUUUUUUUUUAAAGAUUUAUUUAUUUAUUAUGUGUACAGUGUUCUGUCUGCACAUAUCCCUGCAGGCCAGAAGAGGGCACCAGAUCUCGACACAGAUGGUUGUGAGCCACCUUGUGGUUGCUGGGAAUUGAACUCAGGACCUCUGGAAGAGCAAGCAGUGCUCUUAACCUCUGAGCCAUCUCUCCAGCCCCCCCAAAAUAAAAAUUUUAAUGCAGAGUAACAGGAAAAUCCACAAAAUUAUCCUGAGAGAGAAAUUUAAUAAAAAUCAGCAGGCAUCUAAGGAGCAUCAUUAAUAUGACAAAAGCCUUCCUCCGUGCCGGUGGAUCUGCAGGGAGACAGCUCCUUACAGGUGGAGAUUUCUGAUGCAGUGAGUGAGCGGGACAAAGUGAAGUUCACUGUUCAAACCAAG